AGUGGGGAGGAGAAGAGGUCUCGCAUUCCACCAUUGACUGUGCAACCAACUUCGGGUUUGCGGGAGUUUGGUUACCGAAUAUGGGGUUUGUUCAAUGCUGUCCUGCACACUGAUUUCGUGAAUUACCUAUAAAGAAAACUAUGGGGAAAAAGCUCCUAAAAAUUGGACAAAGACGUGAAUUGAACACGGGAGGAAUAGAAGAAAGAACUAAAGGAUAAUUCCUGCAGCUCCAUCUGUACGUCUGCCAGAACGCAGAGAGAGAGGGAGCUUUAUUGGAAAUUCUCGAACCCCCAGCGGGACGCAAGAGAUCUCACCCCCAAGCUUCCAAAACUUCCCAAAGUCUUGGGAUCAAGUCAACAAACUGAUGCAGACGUCUUCAACUUUCCAUAGAAGGGCGUAAGGCUGCUUGCUGGCUGUCCUGUUCCGUCACAGAACAGAAUAGAGCACUGAGCAGAGGACAGAGCCCCAAUGCCAGUGGACAUGCAGCCACAUCAGGGGCUGUAUCAUUAUGAGUCUACACCCAACCAGCCGCCCAGAGGCCUUGCUCCUUCAGGAAGGUCUCCCUACAGUGAAGUGUCAUCCCUGCACGCUCCGCUCCACAACGGCCAUCCUCAGGACUGCAGGAACAUGUAUAACCCAAUGACCCCUAACCCCAGAAUCAAUCCUAACUCCGGUGUCAACCCCAUGGACCAGUACAUGCGACCCCCUCUGGCUCCCCCACUGCACAGCAUGAUGGGACACCGCAGCAUGAAUCAGUCCUCCGACGGUGGUAAUAGCACACCCUACUGUCACAACAACCUCAUGUCAUCCCACCACGGCUUCCCCCACGGACAGGGAUUAGACCAUGUGGGAGACGGCUCGCGGUUCUCAACGCCUCGCUCCAUGCUGAAGCUGAGUAAGAAGCGUGCCUUGUCCAUCUCUCCGCUGUCUGACGCCAGCGUGGACCUACAGACGGUCAUCAGGACCUCUCCUAACUCCCUGGUGGCCUUCGUCAACUCACGUUGUGGACCCAACGGAGCCAGCUCCUACGGACAUCUGUCUGUGGGUGCCAUGAGUCCAUCAAUGGGUUACUCCAACUCAAUGAACUACCAGUCCAGACAACAGGGCUCUCUGUAUGGUGGACACACCCCUGGACCCUGCCACGCCCCUCCCCCCCGACUACCCCCCCACAACCCCCGCCUCCACGCACCAAAACAUGGACACUUAAAGACAGAGCCAGUGCUGGGUAGUGUGAUGGAUGGGAUCAACAUUAAGAGUCUGGAGGAGAGGUCUGAGGGUGACGUGGCCAGCCCAUCCUCUACUGGCACACAGGAUCCUCUGAUGGGUCUGCUGGAGGGGCGGGAGGAUCUGGAUAAGGAGGAUAAACCGGAACCAGAGGCCAUCUAUGAGACCAACUGCCACUGGGAGAGCUGCAGCAAGGAGUUUGACACGCAGGAGCAGCUAGUCCACCACAUAAACAACGAGCACAUCCAUGGAGAGAAGAAGGAGUUUGUGUGCCACUGGCAGGAGUGUUCCAGGGAGCAGAGACCAUUCAAAGCCCAGUACAUGCUGGUGGUUCACAUGCGCAGGCACACAGGAGAGAAACCGCAUAAGUGUACUUUUGAGGGCUGUAAUAAGGCCUACUCUCGCCUGGAGAACCUGAAGACCCACCUGCGGUCUCAUACAGGGGAGAAGCCGUAUGUCUGUGAACACGAGGGAUGCAACAAAGCCUUCUCCAACGCCUCAGACAGAGCCAAGCACCAGAACCGCACACACUCCAACGAGAAGCCGUAUGUGUGUAAGAUCCCUGGGUGUACGAAACGCUACACAGACCCCAGCUCACUGCGGAAGCACGUUAAGACAGUCCACGGCCCUGAGGCUCACAUCACUAAGAAGCACCGAGGGGACACUGGGCCCCGGCCGCCUGGCUCAUCACUGACCCCUGGUGGACAGUCUGGUGAACUGCUGCUAGAGAAAGAGGAGACUAGACACAGGGAGGACUGCAAACUGCUGGCGCCUGAAUCUGCUCUGAAGUCUCAGCCCAGUCCGGGUGGCCAGUCAUCCUGCAGUAGCGAGCGUUCUCCGCUGGGGAGCGCGAACAACAACGACAGUGGUGUGGAGAUGAACCUGAACGCAGCAGGGAGUCUGGAGGACCUGACCGCUCUGGAGGACGGAGGGGCGGGAGGAGGAGGGGAAGCUGGGGGAAGAGGGCAGGGCAUGGCAGGGAUGGGGGGCACGUCGGCUCAGGCCCUAAAGAGACUAGAGAACCUGAAGAUAGACAAGCUGAAACAGAUCAGAAGGCCCACUCCACCCGGACGCUGUGGUAGGAGUAGCAAACUACCAGCACUCACAGGUUGUCCAGGAGAGAUGAUGGGAGGGAUGUGUACUCCCUCGCCCCUCCUCUCCAACCGCCGCGUCAUGGAACUGUCCAAUCACGAGCUGGGCGGCGGACCCUCUGGCAUGCCCCCCCCUAUCAGUGACCGGAGGGGGAGUGGCACCAGCAGCCUAAGCUCUGCCUACACAGUGAGCCGUCGUUCUUCCAUGGUGUCCCCCUACCUCUCCAGCCGGCGCUCGAGCGAGGUCUCCCAGUUAGGAGGAGGUGGAGGAGGGUUCCUGGGUCCUGACCAGGGAGGAGGUGACCCCCUCUCCCCUGAGAGCAGCCGCCGAAGAGGGCCCUGCCAUGGUGUUGGAGGGGGAGGAGGGUUGCCAGGUCUGCCUUGUCUAACACCCGCUCAGCAAUACAGCCUGAAGGCUAAGUAUGCAGCAGCAACUGGCGGCCCACCCCCUACCCCGCUGCCCAGUAUGGAACAGGGAGCAGGGACACCCGGGAGACGAGGAGUGCUCCUCAGCGAGUACCAGGGUCAGCCGCUACCUGCGUUCCUGCAGCAGGGGGGUCAGAGGAGACACAGUGCCAACACGGGGGAGUAUGGCACUGGGGUCAUCUACCCCCACCAAGCCCCGGGGAAUGCCACCCGGCGUGCCAGCGACCCCAUCCGCUCCACCGGCGACCCACAGGCCCUUCCCAAGGUGCAACGCUUCAACAGCCUGAACAAUGUGGCCAUGAUGGGUCGGAGGAACGCCCUGCAGCAUUGUGGGUCAGACGCCAACAUCGCCCGCCACAUGUACUCGCCGCGGCCACCCAGAAUUACAGAAAAUGUCCUGAUGGAGGCCAUGGCUACAGACUACCAUGGAGGAACCAUGGAUGCCAGGAACCACUGCAUGAUGCUUUCCCCAGGAGAGAGAGGCUUCCUGGGCUACCAGUCCCACCACAUGGGGGGGCCCACCAGCCUGUUAUCACCCAGCCACGACAGCCUGGGAUGCCCGGAGCAGGGCUACCAGACACAGGGACAGAUGUUCAUGCAGGGUGGGCACCACCAGGGCACCUCCAGAGGACCAGGUCAGGGCCAGAUGGGGCAGGGGGGACCCAUUCACCCAGAGGGGAUGUCAAAAAUCUUGCUGCAGCAGGCUGAGUACAGUAUGAGUACCUGCCAGCUUAGUCCCUCUGGACCACACUACCCCAGCCUGGACCAGGGUGGCCCCGAUGUAGGUACAGGGGCCUGGAUAGAGAGCAGCCAGGUCCAGACCACUCAUGGAGUUCUUCAGACGGAGAUGCAGUAUCAGGACCAGGGCUCUAUGCAGGGCCAGACACAGGGUCUGUACACCCAAGAGCCCGAUGGCGGACACAAACUGAUCAUCAAACCAGAACAGCAGCAGUACCACCCAGCCCUAGCCAACCCAGAUGCCUGCCAGAAGCAACUCCACCAACACCAGCAGCAGAGGCCCCAUCCAGGGCAGACACCCAUGCCCAUGCGACCCAUGUCCUCCCAGAGCGGUUACCCCCAGCAGGGGCAGCCUGGCCAGGGCAUGAUGAGGACCACCAACCCCAGCUGUGACUUCCAUGGAGGAGGCAUGGAGAACCAGAACCAGGCCUCCAUGCAGCAAGGGAAGCAGCAGGGUUCCUUCCCCCAAAGCGGAGGCAUCAGCCUGGGGUCGGCUGCGCUGGGUGCUGGGGGUCGCUCCCAGACACCCAUGAUGCAGGUGAAGGAGAUGAUGGUGAGGAACUAUGUGCAGUCGCAGCAGGCUCUGAUGUGGGGUCAGGAGCAGGACCAGAGGGGGAUAGGAGUGGACGGCAAACCUCUUCCUCUGUCAGACAGCAUGGACAUGACAGGACAGCAGGUGGCCAUGAUGCAGCAACAGCAUAGUCCCCAACACCAACAUAAUCUCUACCCCAACCCAGGCUCCAGCUACCCAGGCUACCCUACCAACCAGAACCUGAUGAGCUCCCCAGCACACAACCGAGUCCCCAGCUCUGGCUCCUCCAUCCCCCCGACGGAGGUACCCAUGACGGGUCUGCCUGGAGGCCCAGGGUCCUGCUACGGCCAGGACAUGGGGGCCCCUGUAGUCCCAAGACCCCCCCAGUGCCGGAAGCCCCUCAGCAGGCAGAAUAGUCUCCAGUCCCAGGGAGGUGGAGCGUACCUGGGCAGUCCUCCCCACCUCAGCCCAGUCCACUCUACCUCCAGCCCCAGACGUGUGGUUCGUCUGCCCCCUGUCCAGGGCCACAUGACCCCCCAUCAGACCCACCAGGAGAUCUUCCCUCCCUUAAACAACAUCAACAAUAACAUGUACUACUCUGGCCAGAUCCACUUGCAGCACUCUGACAUGGACAAGCAGCAGAUCCAGCAAAUCAGCCACCCUCACCAGGACCCAACUCAGACCGGGCCCUGCCUCAAUCAGCACCAGCACCAACAGCACAUGGUAACCCACAUGGAUCACCAGGGCAAUAAGUCUGCGUCCCUAGCCUACCUUCAUGAGUCGACCCCCAUCUCCAAUGCUCUGGAGAACCUAGAUCUGGACAACGCCCAGAUAGACUUUACCUCCAUCAUCGAUGACCCAGACCCCUCGUCAUUCAGCCCCAUCAACCCUCCUCUCCAUGGGGGUUCAUCCCAGACCUCGUCCCGCCUCACCACCCCUCAGACAUCCAUCACCAUGCCCCCCUCUGGGCUCCCUAACAUGGCUGUAGGAGACAUGACCUCCAUGUUGACAUCUCUGGCCGGAGAGAACAAGUACCUUAAUACACUGUCUUAGAACCCAAAGACUCUGUUCUAGAACAAGAACAGAACCUGAACACGCUCAUAAAGUUAACUAGAUGGGCUAAGCUCCCUGGGUGGGGAGAGAAAGUACCUAGAAAUACUCUCCUAGGCUCAACUCCGCUGAACAAGUACCGAAACAUUUGUCAUUUACUAGACAAGUACCGAAACACAUUGUUCUAGAACAAGUGCGUGUGGAUGGACACACUGUCAUAGACUAGACUAGAGGGGCUCAGCUUGGUGGCUCUGGUGUUAGGUCACCUAUAAAGAUAAAGGUAUGAUAAAUAUUACCUUUCCUUCUUGGCCUCCUACACACUCUUUCCCAGCUACUCCUAGACACUUUCAACCCAAACCAAAGGUACCUAUCGAUCUUGAUCUUGCUCACGGUGUACUAUACUCUACUCACUUUUCUGGCACACAGAGAAGGGGAAGGGUGACACAAAAUUGUUUGCCUAAAAUGAGUUGCAGAAUGUUUCCAUGGGACGUCAACACCAUAACGACGUCAUCUCCAUAAUGGCGUCAUCAGCAUAACAACAUCAUCACCGUAAUAACAUUGUCACCAUAACGACACCAACACCAUAGUGAUGUCAUCUCCAUAAUGAUUUAAUCCCCAUAACGACAGUCAUUCCAGUCACAGAGGUUUUAUAGGGCAACAGUUGGACAGAGAGGAUAAUAUGUAAAUAAGUUAUACAUUUACAUAUACAAUACAAGUCAAAAGUUGGGACACCUACUCAUUCAAGGGUUUUUCUUUAUAUUUACUGUUUUCUACAUUGAAAACAUCAACUAUGAACAUCAAACUAUGAAGUAACACAUAUGGAAUCAUGUAGUAUUUUAUAUUUUAUAUUCUUCAAAGUAGCCACCCUUUGCCUUGAUGACAGCUUUGCACACUCUUGGCAUUCUCUCAACCAGCUUC